GACCAAAACCAAUCGACAUCGAACUCGAACAGGCUCGAGAAAGCGGCGAUGGAGAGCCUCGUCGCCAUGAUGGCCUUCUGCGAGGCACCGUUCGACGGCACCUCGCCUGCGUCCUCGCUUGCCGCCGGGAACAGCUCAUCUUCGACCAACGUCCCCAAGGCUGGCGGGUAUGGCAUGGCGUCGUCGAGGCUGGCGUUGCUGGCCGCGAAGUGGCCGAUGGAGAGGCUCGCGGCCAUGGUGGCCUUCUGCGAGGCGCCGUUCGACGGCACAAGGUCCCCGUCGUCAGGUGCCGCCGGAGGCCGCGCCUGCGCAACGAACGUCCCCGAGGCCGGAGCCGGCGGAGACGUGGCGUCAUCGGCACAGGCGAGGCUGGCCGCAGCCGCGAAGAAGCGGCCGGUGGAGAGGCUCGUGGCCGCGAUGGCCUUCUGCGAGGCGCCGUUCGACGGCACCUUCGAUGGCACCUCGGCUCCGUCGUCGGAUGCCGCAAGUGACGUUGAAGAUACGGCGGCGUUGAGGCGGCCGUGGCUGGCCGACGCCAAAGAACUAGAACGAGCGGCGAUUGCGGCUGUUGCGCGUGAAGGUUAGGACCGUCGUUCAUGGGCUCGCAUCGCAUUGGAGUCACCGAGUCAGCAAGGACUAAUGUUCUUUUCUAGCAAUAGAACCCCCCAACUACAUGGAACAUUGGGAUACGAUACCCUCUUUCCUGGACAUGCACAACAGCAAGAACUGCAUCCCGGUUCAGUACUGCCAUUGGAUCGAACAGUAGCAAAUGUAGGUGUACAGUGUACUGGAAAUUUGCAGAAAUUUGUUCAAAUCAA